CAAUUUUAAUUUGUAGCAAAAUGCUUUCAAUGCAUGAAAUAAUGGAUAUGAGAAUGCAGCAACAGCUGGCUCAUGAACUCUAUCGCCAGCAGAUUAUGCAACGCAUACCAGAUCCCUUCCCGAGCAUGUUGCCCCUGCAUAUGCCGUCCCAUCAGCCGCAAAUCAUGCUACCCAGUCGCCCGACAUUGCCCGGCGUGGAGGCCAAGCUGGAGAACAACGAUCUGUGGCGUCAAUUUCAUAAAAUCGGCACCGAAAUGAUCAUCACCAAGAGUGGCAGACGCAUGUUCCCAUCGAUGCGCGUCUCCCUCAGCGGUCUCGACGAGGAUACCAGCUAUUGUGUUCUGCUCGAGAUGAUGCCCAUUGGUGAUUGCCGCUACAAGUUCUCUGGAUCACAAUGGGUGCCGGCCGGUGGCGCUGAGCCACAGAGUCCGCAACGCAUGUAUCUACAUCCGGAUAGUCCGGCCACAGGCGCCCACUGGCAAUCACAGGCGCUGCUCUUUAACAAGGUCAAGCUCACAAACAACACACUGGAUAGCAAUGGACAUAUCGUUUUGGCCAGCAUGCAUAAAUAUCAGCCACGCCUCCACAUCAUACGCAGCAGCGAUCUGACGCAGUUGCCUUGGGCGCCGCAGCAGGCGUUUGUGUUUCCCGAAACGGAGUUUGUUGCCGUGACGGCCUAUCAGAACGAUCGCAUUACCAAGCUGAAGAUCGACAACAAUCCAUUCGCCAAAGGCUUCCGCGAGACAGGACAAUCGCGUUGCAAGCGUAAGCUGAACAGUAGCGCCAACUCGAGCGGCGAUUCGGAUGCCGACGACCGUUCCAGCAUUAGCAGCUGCGAUUCGCCGCAAUCGAAGCGUCUGCGUCCGGACUUCGAGCAGGACUCGCAGCGUAGUCUCUCGCCGCCCUACUAUGCACCAUCCGGAGCGGCUUAUCAUGCUCUCAGUUAUGCCUCGAGCGCAGCUUUGUUGCAUGCAACACCAGCAGCUGUUGAUUUUGCUGCGGCCGCUGCCUACUUUGGAGCCAUGCCACAGAUUAGUUUGCCAAUCCCGAUGCCCACACACUCGCCCACACCAGCACAGGCACCAGCGCCAAUGAUGCCACAAGCCACGGAGCCAGCUUCCAGCACAUCAGCACCACCAGCAACACCACAGACUGCGGCAACAACAACAUCACCGAAGGCAACUGCCACAAAACGCAGCAGUUUCAGCAUAUCUGCCAUUCUGGCCUACUAAAGUCCGGGCAUCAUCCUAACUAUAGCCAUUUAAUAUGUAUAACUAGACCUAACAAUUCUUUGUGAUUCCAAUGUGCACUUGCCCGC